AUGGGUUGCAGUUACAAUCUAAUAUGUGGCAUUUUACUUCACCAUUUUGCCAUUUCUUUACUGUUUCUCUUAAUUUCAAGCUCAUCCCACCUCAGUCCAGAAGGUAGAAUUUUAGUACAACGGGCCGAUAUUCACCAGACAGCGACUGAGGAUGAGAAGGCAACUUUUAGGGCACAAAUCGGCUUGAAGGUGCCGGAAUGUGAAAGGAGGUGCACUUCUUGUGCACAUUGUGAGGCCAUUCAGGUGCCCACAAACUCCCAAAUAAAGAACUCCACCACAACCUCAGGAAUUGUCUAUAACAGAGGUGAUGACAAUUCCAACAACAAGCCCUUGAGCUGGAAAUGCAAAUGUGGAAACCUAAUUUUCAACCCAUAA